AUGGUGACGCGCCCCCUAACCCUCCCCCAGGCCGGGGUGUCCCGCAGCACGUGGCUGGGCGUGACGGUCCUCGACGAGAACGACUGGUGGCCGGAGUGGGAGCGACUUUCAUACCACGGCAGCGUCCUGCAGACCGCCGGAGCUGUGUGUGUGUCUGGCAGCCUGGACACAGUGGCCGGCACCACGGUGAGGCUGAGGGUGUGGGCCACGGACGGGGGCAGCCCCGGCAGGUGUGUGGCGCCCGCCCAGUCUUCAUCACGGCCAGCGACAGGGGCCGCCUCGUCCACAGCAACAGCAGAGAUUAUAAUUGAUGAAGCGCCGCUGUCUACUCUGGUCUUCACUCAGGACCAGUACUGGGCCAACGUCAUUGAGAACUCCACUAAGGAGAUGAAUGUUGCUGCCCUGGGAGUGAAGGGUCAGCCGCUCAACCAUCACGUCCGCUACUCAAUUCUCAACUCAAACAUUAAAUUUGAAAUCCACCCGACCGCUGGCGUCAUCAAGACCACCGGCAAGUCCUUUGACCGGGAGGCAGAGGACCACUACACGCUGGUGGUGGAGGCGCAGGACAUUGAGGGCACAGCAAACGUGGCCCAUGUGCUGGUCCACGUGGCGGUGAUGGACGUGAAUGACAACGAGCCGGUGUUCCUCAACCAGCCCUUCCACGCCCUGGUGUCCACCGUGUCUCCGCGCAGCCACGUGGUCACUAAGGUGCAGGCAAUAGACGCUGACUCUGGGGAGUUCGGAAGUGUCCGCUACGAGCUGGUGCGAGGCAGCGGUGAGCUCUUCGCCGUGAAUAAGAAGACGGGUGAAAUUUCCCUGAAGCAGACCCUGAUGGCGGCCGACAAGACCUACAGCCUCACCGUUGCUGCCUACGACGGGGGAAAGCCUCCCCUCAGCUCACAGGCCCAUGUCCUCAUAAGGGUGGUGUCUUCUGAAGGGCCAAUGUUCACCGCCGCACGGUACGAGGCAGCCGUGCCAGAGAACGCCGCCAAGGGCACGCCCGUUGUAAGGGUGGAGGCCGCUAGCCCUUCCGGGGAGCCCAUCAUGUACACCAUUGUGGCCGGCAACACCGAGGAGCUGUUCGGCCUCGACUAUUCCACAGGCGUCGUCCAGACCACUGCCCUGCUGGACUACGAGGCCUCCGCCAGCCACAACCUGACGGUGCGGGCGCGGGACCCCUUCACUGGGGGCCACACGGACACCCACGUCACUGCCGCAGUCAUGGACGUCAAUGACAACCCGCCGAAGUUCAGCCGUUCCGUCCUCAAGGGAGACGUGUCGGAGGCUGCAUCACCGGGCCACGUGGUGCUGCAGGUCUCGGCAAGUGACGUGGACACGGGGCCGGGCGGUUCAGUGCGCUACUCGUGUGUCAUGGAGUGUGGCAGCUUUGAGGUGCGUGCCCUGGACGGUGCCGUCACACUCACCAAGGAGCUGGAUGCAGAGACUGAGGCUCAACACGUGCUGACUGUGCUGGCCACGGACUCAGGCAUACCCCAGCUCUCCUCCACCGCCACAGUGGUUAUUGACGUUGUGGACUUCAACGACAACCCUCCAGCGUGGCGCCAGGACAGCUACUCCUGCCGCGUGUCGGCCGAGGCCCAGCCCGGCCAUGUGGUCACCUCGGUGUCUGCCACUGACCCAGACGCUGGUCAGGUCACGCCGCUCAGUUAUGCCAUUCACUCGGGAGACCGAGACGCCAUCUUCAAAAUGGAUCAGCUGACUGGUGUGUUGACGGUGACGGCCCCACACAAGCUCAAGGACGUGGCCUCCCUCACCCUGAACCUGUCUGUGAGUGACGGGGUGCACGCGGCCUUCACCGGCCUGCACGUCUCGGGGCUGGCCUCCAACCACCACGCGCCGAGGUAACCUUUUAGUAUGG